UCAGCCCUCGGCGGGGAGGGCGGGAGGCCGGCGGCGGUCGCGGGGCCAUCGAGCUCCUCGGCGUCUCCGCCCCCCGAGAAGUCCCGCUAGGGGCGCGGUGCGCGCAGCUGCCCGGGGAUUCCCGGCGGUGCCGGUCGGAACGGCUCUCUCCAGGGCUGUGCCCGCCGGGCGUGCGGCGCCGGGCAUCCUUUCCUGGUGCGUUUUGGGUUCAGGACUAGCUGAGGCCGAAGCCGGCCUCGCCUUGGGCCUUGAAGUCGGGCGGUGUCAGCGAUUUACCUUCGCACCUUCGGGGCAGGUGGCCAGAGGCAGGGUUGAAAGCGACUUGCCCAAGGUCACGCAGGUGGCACCGGAGAGGCCACCAGACCCAGGUCUUUCGACGCCGAGGCCAGCUGCCAACCGCAGAGCUUUGGGGCCGUCCUGGGCGGUUUGUGUGUAAUGUUCAAGCUUAGAAAUGCCUUAUGUGGAUCGUCAGAAUCGCAUUUGUGGUUUUUUAGACAUUGAAGAAAAUGAAAACAGUGGGAAAUUUCUUCGAAGGUACUUCAUACUCGAUACCAGAGAAGAUAGUUUCGUGUGGUACAUGGAUAAUCCACAGAACCUACCUUCUGGAUCAUCACGUGUUGGAGCCAUUAAACUUACCUACAUUUCAAAGGUUAGCGAUGCUACUAAGCUGAGGCCAAAGGCCGAGUUCUGUUUUGUUAUGAAUGCAGGAAUGAGGAAGUACUUCCUACAAGCCAAUGAUCAGCAGGACCUAGUGGAAUGGGUAAAUGUGUUAAACAAAGCUAUAAAAAUUACAGUACCAAAGCAGUCAGACUCACAGCCUAAUUCUGAUAACCUAAGUCGCCAUGGUGAAUGUGGGAAGAAGCAAGUGUCUUACAGAACUGAUAUUGUUGGUGGCGUACCCAUCAUUACUCCAACUCAGAAAGAAGAAGUAAAUGAAUGUGGUGAAAGUAUUGACAGAAAUAAUCUGAAACGGUCACAAAGCCAUCUUCCUUACUUUACCCCUAAACCACCUCCGGAUAGUGCAGUUAUCAAAGCUGGAUAUUGUGUAAAACAAGGAGCAGUGAUGAAAAACUGGAAGAGAAGAUAUUUUCAAUUGGAUGAAAACACAAUAGGCUACUUCAAAUCUGAACUGGAAAAGGAACCUCUUCGUGUUAUUCCACUUAAAGAGGUUCAUAAAGUCCAGGAAUGUAAGCAAAGUGACAUAAUGAUGAGGGACAACCUCUUUGAAAUUGUAACAACGUCUCGAACUUUCUAUGUGCAGGCUGAUAGCCCUGAGGAGAUGCAUAGCUGGAUUAAAGCAGUCUCUGGCGCCAUUGUAGCGCAGCGGGGGCCUGGCAGAUCUGCAUCUUCUGAGCAUCCCCCCGGUCCUUCCGAAUCCAAACACGCUUUCCGUCCCGCCACCGCAGCCGCCGCCACCUCACAUUCCACAGCCUCUCGCAGCAACUCUUUGGUCUCAAGCUUUACCAUGGAGAAGCGAGGAUUGUACGAAUCUCUUGCCAAGGUCAAGCCAGGGAACUUCAAGGUCCAGACUGUCUCUCCAAGAGAACCAGCUUCCAAAGUGACUGAACAAGCUCUGUUAAAACCUCAAAGUAAAAAUGGCCCUCAGGAAAAAGAUUGUGACCUAGUAGACUUGGAUGACGCGAGCCUCCCAGUCAGUGACGUGUGAGGCAGACACGCAUGGAGCCUGCCUGCCUCUGCCUCCUGUUUCCUUUUGUGAGGCUUCUAGCCAAAGAUGAUAAAGGGGAAAAUGGUUUUUAGUGUGGAUGUUAUACUGCCUCUUAGGUGUAUUCUUUAUAAGCUGGUAAACCAAGAAUCUAGGGAGUGGCCAAACUAAAUAUAAUUUCUUUAAAAAGAAAGAAAAAGGAAAAAUCCAAAAUAUCUCAGUGUCAUCUGUCUGAAGCAUUGUGUGUUCUCAUUUGGGUGGUAACAAUGUGCGUGUAAUAUUUUUUCCUAGUGAUUUUGACAGUUUAAACGUUUAACAGCUUAAAACAUUAAAAAUGCUGAUUAAUUACUUUGGUCAUUUAAAAAAUGCUACUGUGACGUCUGAUUAAAUGUUCAAUAUUUACACAUCCUUAUUGGUCACUAUUACCAAAUGAAAUAUUGCCAGACCAAGAUACCUAAACUCAUGAUGUCUGUGGUGCUGUAAAAUUUAUACUGCAAUGUGGACUCUGUUGAAAUUACAACCAUGUUUGAUGCCCUGAUCUUGAGGUGAGUUGCAAAUUUUGCGUAGAGGAUAUUAUUCGACCAACAGUAAGGGUUGUGGGUUAUACUGGGGUAGAGAAAAGGGGAAAACUAGAAUUCAAACAACUCCGUCUUAGAUGUUUGUUUGGAAAAGCUUAAUCAGGCCUUGGAGCAGUCAGUGCUUUCUUCAGCAAAAAUUAUUUGGUAGGAAAUUUUUGGGAGAUCUGAUUUUCUUAUAAACGUUUUGUAAAUAGUUCUUAUUUCUAUAUUUGGAUUGGUGAAAGACCUCAAGUUUAUAUGUAAAGACGUAACUGCCCUUAGUCAUGAAAUUGUUGUGACCUCUCCUUUUUGUCACUAAUAACCUAGAUUCAAGUGCCUGUGUUUUUUCAUCUUGUUUAGGAAUGGUUUGAGAUUCAUAUGCUAAAAAGUCCUCCUACAUGACUGGUUUUAAACAUUGAGAUAAAAUUAAUUUUCAGUAGAAUAGUUUAAUGUGUUAAAUAAGAUAGCAUUUUAUGUUAGAGAUACCAGAAUGCUGGUAUUCUACUACCUGUGCAAUAUAUAUGUUUUAAAGAAAACAAAUUGGGGAAUACAUUUAAUCAUGGGCAUAU